AUGAAAAAGGUAAUCUCACAUGCAAAUUUGUUAUCAACAUUCAAAUCUCAAGUGAUCCUUAAUUUUCUUGUAAUCGAUCGUCAGUCGCCAGACAUGUCGCAUUACUCGUCAUUGCCAUCUUUGUUUAUCGAGACCAAAAAAUCCAUUGGCGUUUUAGCAAGAGUAGAACUUCAAGCAUCCGUCUCCGGUUGUCGGAUACACAUUGAAGUUAAUGACAAAGCACUAGGUAGAGUAGAACCGGAUGCACCGCAGUCCGGACAUAGCAAAUAUGGACGAGAUACAACAUUCAUGAUUCAACAAAUAUGGAAAUAUGGAAAGCAACAUUCAACAUCCAACAUUUAA